AUGCUGCCUCGGCUGAUCGUGUUUGACCUGGACAUGUGCGCAUGGUCGCCAGAGAUGUAUACCUUGAGUGAGAUUCCCAAAAAGACGAUCAAGGGCGACCUCAACGGCCACGGGCACGGUGUCGUGGCUGCUGUUUCCGAUGGCGAACACGUCCGUCUCUUUCCUGGAGCCCUGCACGCGCUCCAGCAGCUGCACUUGAACAAGUUACCCGGCACCAAGUGUGCCGUGGCCUCGUCUGCGGAUACACCGCAUGCGGUAAAAAUUGCCAAAAAAUGCUUGCAGUUGCUCGAGGUCGUGCCCGGGGUCAGUGUAGCCGAGGUGCUGCGGACGGCGGGCGGAGGCUUUGAUCACGACGGCAACAUUCAGAUUGGCCGCUCCCCGCCACUCUCCUCCAACAAAUCAAAGACCCACUUCCCGCGCCUGCGCGAUCUCUGCGAGAUUGACUACGAGCACAUGUUGUUUUUCGACGACAGCAACUGGGAAGACAACUGCGCCAUCGUUGAACGCCAUUGCCCAGGCGUGGUAGCCCAACGAACCCCACGUGGUCUUCAAGUCCACGAGUUUGAGCUCGGUCUGCGCAAGUUUGCCGAGCGAAAGAGCGCGUAG